UCCCGAUCCCGAUUUUCCAGCGGGAAUGAGCGGCUCGGGAAUCUCGUCCGGGAGCAGGGACGAAACCCAGGAGCGCUGACGGGGCCCAAAUCCACGGAGACGCCUCCGGAAUUCCCUGGAUCCCUCCGAGCUCCUUUUCCAGAGGGAUUUUUUCCCGUUGUAAUUCCCAGGAUGGGAUCCCUGGGAUGCUUUUCCCCUGGGAUUUUCCCGCUUUUCUUCUGCUGCUUCCUCCUUUUCCAGCCGGCCGCGGGCCAGCGCCGGAGCCACGCCGAGGACCGGCUCUUCAAGCGCCUUUUUUCGGGAUACAACCGCUGGUCCCGGCCCGUUCCCAACACCUCCGACGUCGUCAUCGUCCGCUUCGGGCUCUCCAUCGCCCAGCUCAUCGACGUGGAUGAGAAGAACCAGAUGAUGACCACCAACGUCUGGCUGAAGCAGGAAUGGAGCGACUACAAACUGCGCUGGGAUCCGGCCGAGUACGACAACGUCACCUCCAUCCGCGUGCCCUCCGAGAUGAUCUGGAUCCCGGAUAUCGUCCUCUACAACAACGCCGACGGUGAGUUCGCGGUGACGCACAUGACCAAGGCUCAGCUGCUGUGGGACGGCACGGUCACCUGGGUGCCGCCGGCCAUCUACAAGAGCUCCUGCAGCAUCGACGUCACCUUCUUCCCCUUCGACCAGCAGAACUGCAAGAUGAAGUUCGGCUCCUGGACCUACGACAAGGCCAAGAUCGACCUGGAGAACAUGGACCACCAGGUGGACCUGAAGGACUACUGGGAGAGCGGCGAGUGGGCCAUCAUCGACGCCACCGGCACCUACAACUCCAAGAAGUACGACUGCUGCACGGAGAUCUACCCGGACAUCACCUUCUGCUUCGUCAUCCGCCGCCUGCCGCUCUUCUACACCAUCAACCUCAUCAUCCCCUGCCUCCUCAUCUCCUGCCUCACCGUCCUGGUCUUCUACCUGCCCUCCGACUGCGGCGAGAAGAUCACGCUCUGCAUCUCCGUCCUGCUCUCCCUCACCGUCUUCCUGCUGCUCAUCACCGAGAUCAUCCCCUCCACCUCGCUGGUCAUCCCGCUGAUCGGCGAGUACCUGCUCUUCACCAUGAUCUUCGUCACCCUCUCCAUCAUCAUCACCGUCUUCGUGCUCAACGUGCACCACCGCUCGCCCGGCACGCACGCCAUGCCGCGCUGGGUGCGCCGCCUCUUCCUGGACCUGCUGCCGCCCCGCAUCCUCAUGCGGAGGCCGGUGCCGGCCGAAGGGGGCGGGGGGCAGUACGAGCCGGCCGGGAGCGGGCUGAGCACCUCCCGCUGCUGGCUGGAGACCGACGUGGAUGAGGAGGAGGAGGAGGAGGAGGAAGAAGAGGAGGAGGAGGAGGAAGAGGAGAAGAGCUAUCCCGGCCGCCCCGUGGAAUCCCGGGAAAGGCAAUUCCGCUACAACCGAGCCGGGAAAGGCUCCGGGGGCUCGGCGGGGCGAGGCUCGUCCAAGGGGGGGAAGAAGGAGGAGGAGGAGGAGGAGGAGGAGGAAGGCUCGGAGCGGGGCCUGGCGCUGUCUCCCCGGAUGCUGAAGGCACUGGAAGGGGUGCAGUACAUCGCCGAUCACCUGCGGGCCGAGGACGCCGACUGCUCCGUGAAGGAGGACUGGAAAUACGUGGCCAUGGUGAUCGACCGGAUCUUCCUCUGGAUCUUCAUCAUCGUCUGCCUGCUGGGCACCGUGGGGCUCUUCCUGCCGCCCUACAUGGCCGGGAUGAUCUAGGAUCCCGCCGGGAAUAACGACGGGAAUAUCGGGAAUAACAACGGGAAUAUCGGGAAUAACAACGGGAAUAUCGGGAAUAACGGCUGGGAAGGACGCGGAUCCCUGGAAAAG